AUGUGUUUGGCUCCUGCAUCUACACGCGCACUGGCUGUGCCUGACCCACGAGCACCCGCAGCAGUCGACAGCCGCUGCUUGUUCAAGUCCAGCAGAGUGGAUGCUGCACUGGCAGUUUUCAGGACUGGUGGCACAAAGCUGGCAGAUGUUCGUUGGCGAGGUGUUCUUUCCAAAUACAAGCUGGAUGGAUGGCAGACGGCGGCAUCUAUAUUUCGAGCCAUGUUGAAAUUAUUGGUGGAACCAGAUGCCACCCACCACAAUGCUGUGCUAAGCGCAUGUGUUGUAGGCAGGGGAUGGCAGCAAAGUGGUGCAGUUUUCGAAGGGAUGUCUCAGCAGAGCUUGGAGCCGGACAUCGUCUCACUCACUACACUGGCGGGGCUUGCAACCAGGGGGUCAUGGGUCUCUGCUCUGGAUUUGCUGUCGUUCACUAGGGGGCUGCAGGUUGAUCGAAUCAUCUGCUGCGAAGUUUUGAAGUCAUACAAGAAAUCAUCAAAGUGGACACUCAGCUUGCGAAGUUUGGCUCGGAUGUCCGAGUCUUACCUGCGCAUUGACUCCGUGAGCUGUUCGCACUUCAUGAACACGACCAGCCGCUGGCUGGUCGCGCUGCAAGCCAUCAGAUGGUUUCAACUUCCACAGGGUAAAGCUGGUCUGUUGCCUUUCAACAUUCUUCAGAACAGCUACUCCUCGACUGAAUGGGAAUCUGCGGCUGCGGGACUUGACCAUGCAUGCCAUUCUCGCCUCUGUCCUGAUGAAAUUUCGUUUUGCGUUUCAUUGAAGAAGCAGUGCUGGCUUCUCGUAGCAGGCGCCUUUGCCCUGCUGCACAAGAUGCAGUCGCAGGAGGUCCGGCCCAACAUCAAUUGCUACAACUGCUUGGUUCAUGUAUCUAGCAGCAAUUGGCCAGUUGUUCUGAAGAUCCUUCUAUGUGUGCAGCAGCAACUGAUUCUUCCUGACACGGUAACUCUGAACACAUGCGUAGGGUCCAUAGGAGCAGCCAGUGGGAACACGUGGGCCCUUCCUCUGGUUCUGGUCGAAGCGGCCGGUGUUCAACGAGACUCUAUAACAUGGCUUUCACUCCUUGAGCCCUUGGCGUGGACGCGAGCCGUCCAUUUUCUUCGUUCUAUGCCAGUUGAGCAGGUGCGACCAUCCGCACACUGCACCAGCGCUGUGACGAAGUCUUGCAAGAAUCUUGGGCUCUGGAGGCUUUCACUGAGCCUGUUGUCUCAUUCCGCAGAUCGGAGCGACUGCACUGCGUGCAGUACAGCUACGGCUACUUGCGCAGCUGCGUCCUGCUGGCAGAUGGCGCUAUAUCUUACAGGUAUUGAAAGGUGGGGCCUGCAGCAAGAUAAUGUCUCGCUCAAUUCAUGUGCAUCCGUUCUGGAGAAGAACCAUGCAUGGUCGUACGUGAUAUGUCUGCUGGAGCACAUCCGCACACGGCAGGUUAAGAUUUCUCAAGAAAGUCAUCGUCCUGCCAUCUCCGCCUGCGGGAUUUCUGUCUGCUGGGUCCAGGCAUUGGCUUGUUGGGAAAACCUUCAAGUCUCCUCUCGGCCAGAUAUUGCAAGCUGCAAUGUGGCCCUGAGCAUCUAUGAGAAGAGGGGUUCGCUGCUAUGGCGCAGCACACUCGAAUUAUGGAGGAGUCUGCAUGCGAGCCACUUUGCGCCAGACGACAUCAGUUUCAAUACGGCGAUUAGUUCUUGUGAGAAGGGCGAGACAGCGAAUUCAGGAUCCGUAGACUCACCAAGUGGAGGAAAAUGCCUUGCAGUCUGGUUCAAGCAAGUUGACAACGGUGACAUGGAAAGAAGCAUUCACCCGGGGUCGCACUACAGGCAUUUGAACACCGUUUGGCAAAGUAUUGCUGACACCGGCAUCUACGACAUGGUUGCCGCCGAGUCCUCCGGCGGGGCAGCCGCUCAAGCUUUGCGCGCCCUCCGCCGCGCCGCACAGCUGCAUACGGAGCGACGCGGGACUGUGACAGCGAAGCCUGGCAAGAUCGUGCAGUCUGCACCGAGAGCAAUCCGUGGACGUGGUACAGGUGCGGCACAGACGGACGUGGCAUCUCAACAUUCUCAGUUGUCAGCAACGCAGCCUGCUUCACAAUUGCCGCUUUCUCAGUCUGAAACUGUUCCUGGCUGGGAGCAGUUCGGAUCCCAACGUGAAGCAUGGGCUUCCAUGUCCACGCAGACACCAUCGCAUUUCCCUCCUUCCAGCACUGAUGCCUCACAGCGCGGAUCACAGGAUGGCCGAGACUGCCCUGCUUCCUGUCAGUGGGUCUUCAAAUCCGCGUCGAGAGUGACUCCGACGUACUUUGGCGUCGGCGCCGUUGGCGUUGGGGCCGCCUCCGCCUGCCUUUCUCGACAUGGAGCCAGUUUGUGGAGCAGGACGACCUGUGCGGAUGCGGAGAAGAGGCCAGCGUGGCAGCAUCCUCCUCCUGCAGUUCCCACGAUGAAGGAGAGGUGGAAUGGGAAGUCACCCGCAAGGGACAAAGGGCCAAGCUUUUGGCGUUCACAUGGAAAUGGCCAGGGCCGAUAUGCAUCCACUCGGGGUGCAAAAGAGGAUCACCUGGCUCGGUCAGGAACACCGCGAGCUAGUUUUGCAGAGGCCCCUUCCGAUGCUGUGCCAUCAAGCAUGUUGAGCGAGACCCUGUCCUCGCAGAGACUGCCAGGGCGAAGUCUCGAGGAACAAACUGAGCGAGCAAGCUGCCUCCAAGCCGUCGGCUUGGCAGUUACGCAAGGCCCAGUCGCAACCGCUAUGGUGCUCUCAGCCAGUUGCAGCUCCUAUGACCACGGCGUCUCAACCAAAAUGGCUUCCGCUAUCACAGCCGAAGCAGCCGACCGAGCAAGUUUGCCCUGCGUCUCUCUCACAGCCUUUGUGGCCCCAGUCGCAGCCAGAAGCGACACAACAGUGUUCGUGGUCAGGUUCGCAAGGUCAUGCAGAAUUCCUCGCUGCGAGUGGGCCGGAAGUCGUCGGUGGAAGCUCAUGCUGGUGACUCAAGGCAACAUGCACUGA